CCUCGGCGUGUUUUUAAUUCAAGAAUUUGAAUUUGUAAACAAAGUCUCUUGAUUGUUUUCCUAAUUGUUUAAUUUCAUUUCGAAAUAAUUUACUUGGUAUAAGUUAAUUUAAUUCCAUUCCUUUGGGUAAACUAAUUGUUUCUUUGUCAAUUAUGGUUAAAUUAAAAGUGCUUCGAAAUGAGGAAGAUGGACACUGUUUGACCCUCGAAAUGAUGGACGAAGAUCAUACUUUGGGAAAUGCUUUGCGUUAUAUUAUCAUGAAAAAUGAAUGUGUUAAAUUCUGUGGUUAUUCAAUUCCGCAUCCAACUGAGAGAAAGGUGAUCAUGCAAAUACAGACACAUGCCAGUAAAGGAACAACAGGAUUACAAGUAUUUGAACAAGGACUUCAAGAUUUACUCUCAAUUAGUCAAGUGAUCAAGCAUAAGUUCAACGAAGCGCUAGAUGAAUAUGAUUCAAUGGUGAAAAUUGAUAAUUGAUUUAUGAAAAUGUAUCAACUUGUAUAAAUUUUGGUAUCAAAGAAAAAAAAAGACUGGUUAUUCCUUGAAAGAAUCCAAAUCACUAUGGC